AUGGUUACAGUUAAUUAUUGGGCAAUUGCAACAUGUACAAUGAUGAAUAUGAUUCUUGGAAUGUUAUGGUAUUCUCCACUACUUUUUGGAACAACAUGGUGUAGAUUGAUGAAAUUAGAUUAUAAUAAAAUGAAAAAUGAUCCAAUUAUACAAAAAAAUGCUCAAAAAGGUUAUAUGAUAUCUUCAAUUUGUCAUUUAGUAAUGGCUAUUAUGAUGGCACAUUUUAUUGAAUAUACGCAUGCAUCAGGAUCAUGGUUUGAUGGAUUAAAAAUAGGUUUUUGUUGUUGGCUUGGUUUUACAUUAACAACAAUGUUACCAAAUCAAAUAUUUUCAAAAGAUAAUUUCUCAUGGAUACUAGCUGCCAUUAAUAUUGCUUAUCCAAUGGUUGGAUUAUCAACAGCUGGUGCUAUACUUGCUGCUUGGCAUUAA